CUCCGGGCUCUCCCACAACCCUUUUAUUGCUGUUGCCAUCCUUUUCCUUCCCCUCCCCCCCUGCCGAACGACCCCUCCCCCACCUGCCUUUCUCGGCAAAAUCGAAGCCCUGGGUUCAUUUCCUGGAUAUCGGGCAUUGAAAAACUCUCUCCCUCCCCCCCCCACUCUUCAGGGCAAGAUCUUCAGCUGGAAGGGGGUGCCUUGGGGUCCUGGGGGAGCGCCCCCCUGCCCUCCUCCAGGGCCAGGGGCCCAGCGUCGUCAGGCAGGAAAUACUCGGACCACUGUGAGGCCCGGGCCUCGAGGCCCGGCAAGAGCCGCAUCCCCGGCCGCGACCACCGGCGCUACUACCACGACCACUGGCGGCUGGAGUACCUGAUGGACUUCAACCCCGCUCGGCACGGCAUGGUGUGCAUGGUGUGCGGCAGCUCCCUGGCCACGCUCAAGCUCAGCACCAUCAAGCGCCACAUCCGCCAGAAGCACCCCUACUCCCUGCACUGGAGCCCCCGGGAGAAGGAAGUCAUCAGCAACAGCUGGGACGCCCACCUGGGGCUGGGGGCCUGCGGAGAGUCCGAGGGCCCCGGUGGCGGGUGGGGCCGGGCUGGGGGCUCGGAGUCAAGAGUGAGGGAGAGGCUUGUGGAGGACUGGCUGUGGCGGUGGGGCUGGGGUGCUCCCUGGAGGGCCAGCAUCUCAGUUCCUUCCCUCCCUCCAACCCUUCCAGGCAAAGCCCCAGCUGGUGAGGGCAGCCGAUGCCAGCGGCGAGGGGGCCCAGUGGCACCCUGCGCUCGGCGUCGGCGCCUCUCAGCCUCCCGGAGGGCCGGGGGCAGCAGGGGGCUGGGGGCCCGGCGGCUGGAGCGGAGGCUGAAGGAGUCCCUGCAGAACUGGUUCCGGGCAGAGUGUCUCAUGGACUAUGACCCUCGGGGGAACCGGCUGGUGUGCAUGGCCUGUGGCCGGGCACUGCCCAGCCUGCACCUGGACGACAUCCGGGCCCACGUGCUGGAGGUGCACCCCAGCUCCUUGGGGCUCAGCGGCCCCCAGCGCAGCACCCUGCUGCAAGCCUGGGGUGGCCAGCCCAAGACACUGUCUGAGCUCACUCGAUCCCCACCAGACGAUGACCUCGUCCCCCAGGACCUGACCAGAAAGAGCCGGGACCCCGCCCCCCCUGCCGGAGCCCUCUCCUCUCAGGAUCUCAGGCCCCCAGACGUAAAAAAGGAAGAGGCUGGCUGGGUCCCUGAGAGGCCCGGGCCCGCAGGGGCGGAGGCGGAGGAGGGCCAGAGGGUGGGGGCCCCGGGCCGGUCUCCGCGGGGCCGUGACCACCGCCGCCGCUACCAGGAGCGCUGGCGGCUGGAGUACCUCGUGGAGCUGGACGGCGGCCGGCGCGGCCUUGUGUGCAUGGUGUGCGGGGGCGCGCUGGCCUCGCUCAAGAUGAGCACCGUCAAGCGCCACAUCCGCCAGCGCCACCCGGGCUCCACGCGCCUCAGCGGGCCUGUCAAGGCCCUCAUCGCCCAGGAGUGGAGCGAGAAGGCCGCUCACCUGCUGGCCCUGGGGCUGCCCAGCCCCGAGUCCCCCAGGGACCCCGCCGCCCCCGGCACAGCCGCAGCCUCCGAGGAGGGGGGAGGGGAUGAGGAGGAGGAGCCAGAGGAGGAGUGGUGGGGCGAUGUCCCGCUUUCCCCAGGGGAGCCGUCGGAACGGCCCGCCGAGGACGAGGAGGACGACGAGGACGGCCAAGAGCCCGGGGGACUUGCCUUCCCGCCGCUGCCGCCGCCGCCGCCGCGGCCCGGAGGCGGGGGGCGGAGCUGGGCCGGGGCCCCGGCAGCUGCGCCAGCCUCCCAGGCGGGCUGUGGGGACAGCGCGCCCGGCGGCCCCUUCCGCCUCCCCCGCUCCUGCCGCGCCCUCCCGGACCCCGAUCUUGCUGGCGCGUGCUGGGCGCUGCAGGCCGGUUCAGCGCCCUGGCGACCUCUGGGGGACAACGGCAAAGACCGGCGCGCCUCCCUGGGAUCAGUGUCCCCGGGGGCAGCUCCGGCCUUCAGAGGCUAA